AUGACUGAUAUUCGUCCUGGGCAAACUUCCAAAAGCCGUAAUUCGUGGAAAUCGGUUCGGUCGCUACUACAGAGGAUCAGAUCAAAUUCAAUCAGAAGACGCCGUGGCUUGGCCCAGGUGGUGAUUGAGGCAGGAAAGAGUUCCAGUACUACGUCCGAAGAUUCUGCCACUUCGUUAUCCCAGGAGAUCCCAGCGCAGACCCAGAAAGCUCUUGUUGUAGCAGAGAAGGGAAAGUAUGAGAUCCGGCACGACUUUCCCAUGCCAGCUGUUGGCGACGAUGAGAUCAUGAUCCGCAGCCAUUUUGUUGGCUUGAAUCCUAUUGACUGGAAGUCUGUUGAUUACAACUUCUGUCUGCCACAAUUUCCUCACGUUACUGGGCGAGAAAUGUCUGGAGUUGUAACACAGGUUGGCCGAAGUGUUGAAAAAUUCAACGAGGGCGAGAGGGUAUGGACGAGUACAUAUUAUAAGGACGUCCGUGCCGGCUGCUUUCAAGAGUAUGUCGUGGUACCCUCGCACACAGUUCUCCCCAUUCCCAGCACAGUUCCCUUCGAGGCCGCGGCUUGCCUUGGUGUGGCUGCAUUAACAGCUGGCAUGACUCUCUGGAAAUGGUUGGGAGUGCCGACGCCAUCUUCCACAAUCGAGGUAUCAAAGACGGAGUGGCUGCUGAUCUGGGGAGGAUCUACGGUCACUGGUCAGUUUGCUACACAACUUGCCGUUCACAGUGGCUUGAACGUAAUUACUGUAACCUCUGCAGAAACGAAAGCGCUAUCAGAGAAGCUGGGAGCAUCAUAUGUGGUCGUUCGAGAUGGAAAGUCCGAUGACCAACUUAUCAAAGAGGUUCGCGACAAUACCAGUGGUAGGAUCACGAGAGCAAUCGAUCUUGUAGGAACAAAGACAGCGGCGAUAUGUCUAAGGUCUGUCUCGACGGAAGUGAUAGUGGCCUUUGCGCCACUGGCCAUGAUGUCGGGGUCUCAGGAGGUACCGGAGAAUGUCGUGGUGCACACGGUAGAAAUGAAGCAGUUUGUACUAGACAAAACCAACGUUUGCUAUACGGAAGAGCUUGGGAAUCUGCUGGAGAGUGGAAGUGUCAUUCUACCUGAUCUCCAUAUCAUCGAAGGAGGUCUUGACGCCGUUCAGGAAGGGCUUGAGAUGCUGAAAAGGGGUAGUUUGAAAGGAAAGAAGCUGGUCGUGCGGAUGUAG